UCUGAGACCACGAACCAAGAGGAGCGUGGUCGUGAAAUAAUGAUAAGCCGGUGAGGGAAAUGAAAAGGAAAGAAGACUGCUUCAUUCAGAGAUUGGUGGAGAAGAGAGAGACACAGAGAGAGAGAGAGAGAGAGAGAGAGAGUGAGAGAGAGAGAGAGAGAGAGAGAGAGAGAGAAAAGUGAUCGUCGUGGGAGGGCGGGCCACCUGUGACAGCAGAGGAGUGGAAGAGCUCCUUUGCCACUGUUAGUACUGUGUGUGCCUCUCGGUCUGUGGGUGUUUGUAUGUUUGAGGGCGUUUAAAGUCCAGCUGGAUUAUCUCGAGCACACGGAAACGUGUUUUUCUUCCAGGAAUUUGUCCGAUAAUUCAGGUUUCUUCAAGUCGUCGCAGUUUGUCUGUCAGCGCGUGUGGGUGUGUGUGUGUGUGUGUGCAGAGGUGUGCGUGAGUCACAGGGUGAAUAUGUCAGCGUGAAUGCCUUUGCGUACACCCUGGUCGGAGAGUGUUUGUCCCAUGAUGCCAGGAGCUCGAUCCUUUGCGGUGCGGCUGCCGGUGCUGCUCUGCCUGUGCGUGGCGGCGGUCGGCUAUCCGUUCAGAACGCCCCUGGACCUGGACGUGACUCCACGCGUGACCGUGUUGAGCAGCGCUCUUCAGGGCUGCAGGCGCUUCCGUUCCUCUGCAGUCGACUACAGCACCAUGUAUCUGGAGGCUGACAGUGAGCGUCUCUACGUCGGGGCCCGGGGGGCUGCGUUCGCUCUCAACGCCUCUGACAUCUCAGCCAGCUCCCCUCUCACUAUUGAGUGGGAAGCCUCCUCCGAGCAAAAACGUCAGUGCCUGCUCAAGGGAAAAGACAAUAAGACGGAGUGCUUUAAUCACAUACGCUUCCUCCAGAGGUUCAACUCCACUCAUCUCUACAUGUGUGGUACUCACGCCUUCAAGCCGCUCUGUGCAUAUAUACAUGAAAAGACUUUUGUGAUGUCGUCUCAGCCUGAAGAAGGCAAAGACAAAUGUCCCUAUGGCCCAACAACGGGCUACACUGCCCUUAUCAUAGACCAGCAGAUGUAUACGGCUACCCAGUACGAGUUUAGGAGCUUCCCAGAUAUACGCCGCAACUCUCCGUCUCCCACGCUGAAGACAGAAGAUGCUCCCACGCGCUGGCUGAAUGAGGCCAACUUUGUGGGUUCGGCUCUCGUGAAGGAGAGUCCGGGAAGCAGCACCGGCGAUGACGAUAAGAUCUAUUUCUUCUUCACGGAGAGGAGCGAGGAACAGACGACGACCUACAGCCACAGCAGGGUGGCACGAGUAGCUCGGGUUUGUAAGGGGGACAGAGGAGGCCACUUAACUCUCCAGAAACGGUGGACGUCCUUCCUCAAGACCAGGCUGACCUGUUCUCUGCCCGAGUACGACUUCCACUUCAACGUGCUGCGCAGCGUGUUCGUCAUGCCUGGCCACGCGCCGCAGGGCGCGCUCUUCUACGGCAUCUUUGGCCUGGAGUGGAAAAACGUGAAGGCAUCUGCAGUGUGUCGGUUCUCUCUGUCUGAAGUCCAAGAGGCCUUUCAAGGACCCUACAUGGAGAACCAGGACUCUGGCUCUAAGUGGAAGGCAUACACUGGAAAGAUCCCUGACCCACGACCUGGAACGUGUAUAACUGAUGCUCUGAGGGCCAGGGGCAUAAACGUCUCCACCUCCUUGCCUGACGAUGCACUGGACUUUGUCAGGAGACAUCCUCUGAUGUCCCAGCAGGUCCAACCUUUAGACAGACGGCCCCUUUUGUUCAGGAGGACCACAGACUAUACACACAUGGGCGUACACAUGAUGGAGGGAUUAGAUGGACAAAUAUACCAUGUAUUAUACAUGGGCACAGAUGAAGGCUGGUUGCACAAGGCCGUAGAUGUCAAAGGUCAGCUGCACAUCAUUGAGGAGCUUCAACUGUUUGAGGAACCGCAGCCUGUUAACAGCCUGCAGAUAUCUGACAAGCAGAUGAGUGUGUACGUGGGCUCUCGGUCGGGCAUGGUUCAGCUGCCGCUCUCCGCCUGUGGCAGAUACACCUCCUGCUAUGACUGCAUCUUUGCCAGGGACCCUCACUGCGCCUGGAGCGGGGCUGAGUGUGUGGAUGUAAUGACACAUGCAGACAGAUCCACUUUAAUCCAGGACAUCCAGCGCGGCAGCAUGGGAUGCGAGAACACACAAAACGAUGUUACCCAGCGGAGCCGCUCCGUACGGGUGGGUGAUGAUGUGCUGCUGCAGUGUGAGCUCAGCUCCAACCUGGCGUCGCCCCUCUGGACCCUGGACGGCCGCGAGGUGCAGGGAUACGACCUCAACUCUGGCUUCAGGACCGGCACCGACGGCCUGUUGAUCAUCGAGGCCCGCGAGGACCAGAGCGGCCUGUACACCUGCCACUCAGUUGAGAACAGUAUCAAGGUUGCCGUGGUUACCUACAACGUAACCAUCCGUCUGGACCUGCCUCUUCCCCCGCCGGUUCAGCCAACUAGUAAUCCUCACGGUUUCUUCACCACCUUGGCAGCACCCUCUGAGAAGACCCUUCCACCAGUGCAGCCUUCUCUCCCCCCCUACUUGGAGCUACUCUCCCCCAGGAACAUGGAGGCCAUGUACCUGUCCCUCAUCACCAUCCUCGGAGGCCUGUGUGUGGUCCUCGCCGUCGUGCUCGUCUACGUCGGCUUCUGUUUGCGAGUGGGAAACAGGGGGAAGUACUCAGUGCGUGCCGCAGCUGCCGCCUAUCCAAGCAGCAAGAGGCCAAACAAGAACAGGAAGCACAGAAACUCCUCCCACAUGGAGCUCAAGACGAUCUCCAGCCACUGUAACGGCAAUGGCGUCUGUAAUGGAGUUUCAAAACUGCACAACGGUGAAGUCCAGGACGGAGGCUUCCUCCAAAUAGUCCCCGGUGAGGGUCACACUUCCCACAACAAAGAACCUCCACCUCCAGCCCCACCGCUCCCUCCCACCCCUCAGCUUUCCUCUCCGGAGUGCGACUUCCCCAACGGUCUCUCGGCCACGCUGCCCAGCGUCCUGAGGAGGAUGAACGGAAACAGCUACGUGCUGCUGAGGCAGAGUGAUUCCGUGAACACGUCACCAAACUGCUACUCCUUCGCAGACGAGCUUAACAAGAUGCUGGAGAAGAGGAAACACACUCUGUUCCUGCCCAUUCCUGACGAGAGCUCUGUGUAGAGAGAUGCAGCUCCCCCUGUAGUGGGCGGAGUCUCCUCUUACCUGGUGCCUGUCACAUGACUCAUCAUUGUUGUGGACUAAAGCAAUGAAAGAGUCUUAUCAUGAUAUACUUUGGAUUCUGUGGUAUUUAAGUCCACUCUCAGACAUUCCUGCUUUCUGUAACUUUUUUUCAACACGAUUUCCCAAAUUCCCCAACACAAAUCCGAGAGAAGUUAAAUCUACCUCACCUCGAUACUGCCCAGUCGGACAGUCAGACUGCGGUCUGGUCCGAGUGUCACGGCUGCAGAGAGUUCUCUGACCCACAAAGCACAAAGCAGACUUGAACGAGGAGUGGAGCUGCAUGAUAAUAUAAAUACGUGUGAAGAGGCGAUUCAGACUGGAGGGCAGCUAGCCAAAGUUUGUUUGCACUGACAAGUGCGCAGAUGGCCUAUGCAUUUUUAAAACAUGACAUUCUCUCGUUAUAAAUAUGGAGAGAGGUGGACGUGGCGAGCGAGGGAAUGUGGUUCGCAACGUUUUCGUUUUGAAACUAGCUUAACCGAUGCAAUACCCGACACGACAUAAUAAACAGAAACUCAUGAUGGUACAAAACACUUUAGAGUAGCCAUUGGUGGGACAUGGUGAACUAAUCAUUAUUUAAUAUGACUAUGAAUCCUAAAAUAACUCAGUUUACUAUUAUAUUAGUUUACUUUAUUGAAUUAACAUAUUAAUAAGUUAUUAAGUUAUAAUGAUAAGUCAUUUAUAUAUGUUACACUUGGUUGGUAAGCACAAAUAUGCAUUACUAUACUAAAAGCUAAUUAAAGCUGAGAAUGGGAGUCAAUCAUAAACUUAAAGUCUUAAUGAACUGCCUGAUAUUGAAGCCACACGUUGGCUUUUAUUAUUAUAUUCAACCUGUGUCUACUAAUUCCUAUAAAUGGAACAUAAUUAGGCACUGAACAUAAAUUUACGUACACGUUCACAUGACGUAGGAUAUUAAAAAUCUAAUUAAAAGGGAAAAAAUAUUAUAUAAAGCAAAACAGAUGUUAAAUAUUGAUUAUUUCACCAGGUCUCAACAGACAAAUGUGGGAUAUUUGACAGUAUUAUUGAUUAUGAUGCACUUUAAAUAGCAGUUUUAAAGCGCUUUGGGAAAGUUAAUGGAUCUGUGCAAUCAGCAGACCAGAGGAAGUUUUUGGCCGUUUCACAGUGUGAAGAGCUGCAGCAGCGGAGGCCACAGCUGUGCCUGCUGGACCAUGUUUGACAAGGCGGAUCAGAGGAAAAACACUAACUGCGUCUGAGCCGAGCCUGAUUCCACCGCUGAGCGACGCCCUCCAUGAGACCAUAGCACGGAGCAACCGACUGUGGAGCGCAGCGUUGGGCAAAAGAUUUCAAGGUCGGAUGAGCUCGGGUCAGUCUGAAUCCAUCUUAAUUUCAUUCCCGGCCGCACCAUCCUCCGACCAGAAGGCUGUCUGCGAAGAUGUUCUUUUAAUGAGCGGCGAAAUAAAACUCGCCCUCGUUAGUGGACGGCGGAGCCAGAAGUGACUCUCUGCAGCACCAGCUCUGCUUCGCCACAACUGGAAUGAAAAUUAGUGGCUGCAGCAUCUCACCCUGUGACGUUUGUUUUUCAGACGGCGGCUCUCCUCGCGCUCGGGGAGCGUCCUCACGUCUGUUUGAUGCAAACCUAACGACGCGUAUAGACAUUUUGUUUCCCCCCUGUUUGCUGCAUGAAUUGUGUUUCAACUGUUUCAGUCAACGAAAGGACAGCUCAAUUUAAUGUUAAUGAAAAAGUGCUAUGGCUGAUGUUUUAAAAAAAAAAGAAAAAUGCUUUUUGAGCCAAUUUUAUUGCAAAUCCAAGAAGGAUUUUCCUGGAUGAAGGGAAAUCGAGGCGUAUUUAUUUUAUAAUUUUGUACAUUGUAUCUUUUAGACACUCUGAUAAACGGAGGGUCAGAAUUUGCCUGUGUUGCACAAAAUGUGAUAAGUAGAAGCAGGGUAGCCAAAAAGCAUGUAGAGGCUGCACCAGCACCACAGAAAUGAAUCUUUCUAACCCACUAAUGAGAGGGAAAAUACACUAAAUUACACAUAACCCUCACUGUGUUCCAAUUAGGGAUUGUUGGCUUUUUUGUAACUGUAAUGUUCACAUAAUAAGUCUCUGUUUGCAUGUCAUAUCAUGCUUUUGUACACAGCAAAUAAAAUGCUUUUACUAAACUAACACUAAAGGAAAUAGAGCACUGGAUUCCUUCACAUUUCAGUCAUGAUGAAUUCAAAUAAAACUUUGUACUUUAAA